AUGCCGUUUGGCAUCGGUUCCGCAAGUUACAUGGCAGAUGACGCGCCAACACAGCCCAGCUCAUCUGCUCCAACUGGAAGCUCUAGCAACGCCUCCGGUAGUCGCCGACUGCGCACGGCCUACACCAACACGCAGCUUCUAGAGCUGGAGAAAGAGUUCCACUUCAACAAGUAUCUCUGUCGGCCGCGCCGGAUCGAAAUCGCCGCUUCCCUUGACUUGACCGAACGGCAGGUCAAAGUUUGGUUUCAGAACCGCAGAAUGAAAUACAAACGGCAGUCCCACGGAGGAAGAGGCUCCAAAAAUGGGAUGAAAACGAGUAGCGACAAGGAUGAGAUGGAUUUGGACGAGAUCAGCAACGCUGGUGAAGACAUCAAGUCGUUGUCAGGGGAGACGGUGAAGAUGGAGGAGGAUGUCGAGGAUGUGAUGGCUUCCGAAACGGAUGCUGACGGUAAUGCGGUUACCCUUUCUAGUAAACCAGUCACAGCCUGUGAUAAUGGAGGCGAUGAAGUGAUUAAAAAUGAGAACGGAAUGCGAAAACUGAACGAAGAGGAUGAGAGAAGGAUCGAGAGCGUCGUGGACAAUUUCCUAGAAAUGAAAUCUCCCAUACUGGCCACAGAAAAGCCAGCUGUUUCUCCAAACCCCCGAAAGAGGAAAUACAAUAAAGGAGGUCAAAGUAACGUAAAUAAGAACAACAAUAACAAUAGUGAUAGUUUUAGUGAUGUUAUGAAGCAUAAAGAUAAACUGGGUUCAGGGAAAGGAGGUCACAAAAACCUGGGAUCCGAUCAGACUAAGGCAGGACGAGAAGAGCUAAACGUCAGCACGGACACUGGUCAAGCGUCUAGCGGGAGUCCCCAGCCCUCCGCCCUUAGCAACGCGUCCUCUCACGACUCUGGGCUCUGCUCUCCGGACAGUUUACAUAGCAACACCAGCCCCACCCCUGGCCACCACAGCUCCGGGCUUAACUCUCUCCUGGCGCCAUUUUCUGCCCCCGGUGGGCAAGAACCUAGUCUGAGACACAAUAAGAGUGGCAAAUCUGGUACGACGAACUCUCAUGAGUACAGAGGCCAAGGGAGACAUCAGGACAAUCCGCAUAAUAUGAACUUUCAAAUCCCACAAAGUGCUCACUCCUCCAUUUACUCUCAUCAGCAUAUCAUGCAUCAGCAGCCACUGGCGGCGACACAGCAGCAGACGUGUGAUCUCCAAGCUCUCGACAGAUUCUAUUCGCAGCACCCGGACCUGGCACAAAGCGUGAGAACGGACUGUCACGUUACUUCUGCUCUAUCGUCCGGAGAAGUGACGAGCGUGAAAUACGACGGCCGGAAGUCAAUAACGGCCUCCUCCCCAUCGCCCCUCCCCUCGACAUCUUUAUCCUUCUGUCCCACACCCUCCCCUCAUUUCCCUGCCAACCUUCCUUCACAGUCCUCGUCCCCCUUUGGCCCCGUGACAGGCGACUUCCGCUCUUCGUCGCAUUGCAAGAUGGCGGCGACCAACUCGCCCUACGCAACUUCCGGUUCUCACGACACUCAGACUUAUCGCGGUCUCGGAAACGAGAUUCACCAGGACAUCGCGAACACUCUGAUACCGGGCCACGCGCAGCAGAGUUCCGAGGGACAUUUUUACUAUGAUUCUACGGACAAUGGUUACCCGGGCCUUGUCUACCCUGGCGCAAUGAGCCAAGCGAUGUCAGGCGCGCACGCGACUACCGCCAGUAACAACGGCGCUUUGAGUGGGAGCAGGCUGGAUCGAGGCCAUGGUUUAUACGCUCACUCUGUCUCCCUCGCCACGGCGGGCAACACGGACAAUGGCGGGGAAAGUGAUCGAAACCUAGCGGCAACAGCGGCGGCCGCGCAGCAGCAGCAGCAGCAGCAGCAUCAUUACCUCGCCAACAACAACUACAAUGACGCGAUUUUGUUUUGUGACAAUGACGAUUUCAAUAACAAUACUAGUGCUGUCGCUGCUGUAACUUCUGGCAGCAAUAGUAGUGGUGGUGGUACUCGCGCUGGGGUUGUUGUAGGGGUGAAUUCCCAGUCGCAACAGUCACAGCAGCAGCAGCAGCAGCAGCAACACGCUUACGCGUUUACAACGUCGUGUUAUGGAGGCAAGUGCGACCCACAGCAGGGGCGGGCCGGGGAGGUGGCCAGUUCGCUAAGUCAUAUGAAUGGCCCAGAGUGUAGCCCCAGUGGCCCGACCUCAACCUUUCCAGCCCCUCUGCGAGACACAAUGAUCACAGGACACACUCGACAGCUACAACAUCAACAACCACAUCACCAUCAACACCAUUCUCAACAACAGCAACACCUACUACACCAUCAGCCAAACUCACAACAACAGCAACAAUGUUUAACUCCUACCAUAAGUAACAACAACAACAACAACAACAACAACAACAACGUUUUAUCCGGCGCUAAUGGAGUCCCUCGUUUCCAUAGCGACAGAGACGCGACAACGUCAGGCCCGAUGAAAAAUGACGAUUUAACACACCCGUUUGAAUACAGCGCCGCCGGAACAUUGGACACUCGAUCCUCAUCAUCCGUCACCCCCUCCACCUCCUCCUCUUCCCCCUCCUCCUCCUCACAGCAACAACACCAACAGCAUUUAUCUCAUUCAUCCUCCUCCUCCUCCGCGUCGACUGACAGCAACAGCGAGCCCCGCGUCUCGAGCGACUCGUGUGAACAAAAGACUCCCGCGACACCCACCCCAGCCUCCGUCGCUUCCGCCCCUGCUGCUGCCACCCGCCCGUUGCCUGGCGGCGGCGACUCCUCGCUCUCGAGCACUCUACAACAACAGCAGCAGCAACAACAACAGCCGUCGGCGAUGGCGGGUCAACAUCAGUCCAUGGUCCAUUCAUCCCAGGCCGGGAACAACAGCCUGGUCAAUUCACGACAGGCGGCCGAGAUGACAAGGAUGACAGCCCCACUACGGAUGGACGAACAAAACAUCCCCGGGAUGGACAGACAAACUCUGUCGAGAAUUGACAGACAGAAUGAGUCGGGGAUGGACAGACAAAACCAGGAGCAGAUGACAUCACUGCAUGCUCACAACGCUUACUUGAACAACUCCGCCUCAUUCUACCCCCACCACCAACACCCCCACCUCCAACAACAAUACAAUGGUAGCGGUGCCGUUGCUACCAGCAGCAGUGGUACCGGAGGUGGCGGGGCUGUGUACUACAACGGGCCGACAACCCCAUCAAAAGAAGAGUUCGAGCGAGGCUAUAGCGUCUACAAUACCGGGCCCAGUCCAUUCAUCGCCUGCAAAAACCCCACAACGAGACUGACCCCGCCGUACGUCCAAGUGGACAACUUCGCCUGCCAACUCGACACCCCAAGCAGAAAUGAAAACCACGGAAUGCAGCGCGAGACGGGCCCCCAACCACACCAACAGAGAAUGGCGCCCGGCUCCAACAACGCUUACAACCUCCUGGCGGGGGGUCUGGCCCGCGGGGUUCACGGGGGCGCUGACCUCACCAUGACCAAUCACGGAGCCAUGCAGGGCUAUGGUCAGUACUACGGAGGAGGCUAUGGUACUGCUCCUACAGCAAGGGGUUACUCCUUCAAUCCGGACAUGUAUCCACAUCAGUCGCACCAGCUACAUCCUCAUCAUCCUCAUCAUCAU